GCCGUGGGAGUUCGCAACGAGGGACCAACAUUUCAGCGCGGGAGCUAAAGGAGCUUCGCGGGACCCAAUUUUCAUCGUUGGACAAAAAAUUUGCAACGCGGGAAAGUCGUUUCCUCCCCGGUCAACCAUGGUAAAACCCCAAACACGCAAAUCGCCCUCGCCACGAAACCAUUUAGCAAUCCAGCAUAGUUUUGAGAUUUAUCGUUAUGAAGCACUAAUACGUUUUUCCAAGAUUACAUCGAAAAUGGAUAUACAGGACUAUGUAAAAUGCUCGUACAACCUUCCCCAUGAUCUUCGAGCGCAUGCAGCGAAACCAUUGCUUAAGGAUAAGAAAAAGAUCGGCGGCGGUGCAUUCUCUCCUACCAUCUAUAGAAAUCCAACUAGGCGUCGGGGCACAGAGAUAAGUUCAAAGAGCUUUGCCGAAGCAGAAGGACAGCCUUGCACAAGUGCAACGGGGCCGGCAUGUUUAAGUGACUUGCGCCUACUUAAAGAAAGCAUCCCUGCUCAGCUUGAUUCUUCAACGCAUCCCUGCAUAUAUUCUCUAGAAAAGCAUCCCUGCUCUAGUUGGAAGUUCGACAAGUGCACGGGAAUUGCUUCCCACGGUUGCUUAUUGGCACAUUGGGCCACUUCCAGUGUUGCCUAUAAAUGCAACCGCCACCUUGUCAUUCGCUUCUUCUUUUUCCACUGA